AUGUCUAUACACAACUUGGAUUCCUUGAUAGCAAAUCUCUCUCUGGAGGAGAAGGUGGCCCUACUAUGUGAAUCUUCAAUGUGGAAGACGCUCGAACUUCCGGCACAAGUUGUCCGGUCAAUCAAGGUUUCCGAUGGAGUUAGUGGAGUUCGAGGGGAAAAAAUGCAUGGUUCCACCAAAACAGCUGCCUUUCCUGCUGCUGUGAGUAUGGCUUCCACUUUUGAUACCAAUCUGAUUCAUGCGGUCGGUCAAGCGAUAUGCGAGGAGGCCAAAGCCAAAAAUGUCGAUGCAGUUCUGGGGCCAUCGCUGAAUUUGCAUCGAUCUUCAUUGUGGGGGCGGCAUUUUGAAUGCUUCAGCGAGGAUCCUCUGCUUUCAGGAUUGAUUGGUGCCGCGUGGGUUAAUGGACUUCAAGAGUCCGGAGAAGUGUUAGCUGUGCCUAAGCACUUUGUCUGCAACGAAGUCGAGGCCCAUAGGACCAUCUCAAAUAGCGUGGUGGACGAGAAGACCUUGCGAGAAAUCUAUCUACAGCCGUUUCGGAUUCUGCUCCAAAAUGCGGAUGUGAAAGCACUGAUGGCGUCAUAUAACAAAUUGAACGGGAUCUGGUGCUCAGAAAAUGAUGAACUCCUUAAUGGUAUCCUUCGCGCUGAAUGGGGCUUUGACGGGCUCGUCAUGUCGGACUGGCAUGGGACCUAUUCGACGGUCGCUGCGGCCAAGGUCGGGGUGGAUCUUGAGAUGCCAGGGCCGACAAUUCACCGUGGGGAGAAAUUACUCGCUGCCGUUCGUAACGGUGAAGUACUGGAGGCCGAAAUUGAUGAGAAGGUUUGUCGUGUGCUCCGGUUCUCAAUGUUCGCUCGUCAAGAUUCCGGAGCGCCGGAGGCGGUUCGGAAGGACCCCGAUACCUCUCAGCUCAUCCGCCAACUCGGAGCAGACGGCAUGGUCCUCUUGAAAAACUCGCCUCAGCUCCUGCCUCUGAAACCAAACCAACGACUAGCCGUGAUUGGGCUCCCGGCGGAGAAGCCAAUCAUCAAGGGUGGCGGGAGUGCUACUGUCGCAGAAGAGGAGCUUGUGUCUCCCCUUGAUGCGCUCCGAGUGCAAUAUCCUGACUUGAUUUAUCACCCUGGGGUGCACAUAUUUAAAAAGCUUCCGUCUCCUUCCGCAAACCUCCUCGGCCCAUCACUCGUCUCCGUAGAUUGGUUCAAUGGGCGCAACUUUGAUCCGAUUCAGCACCUGAAAUUGGAAACUAUUGAUCAAACCGAAACCCAUGUUUUUGAUAAUGUGGAUCCCCGACUUGAACAGGACCAUUGUAUUCGCAUGUCUUGCACAAUAACCCCUGUGCGCAACGGUAUCCAUUUGAUUGGUGUUACCGCUUCUGGGCUCACUAGGGUCUACUUCGAUAAUGAGUUGGUUCUCGAGUUUCCUGGGUUUGAGGUUAUGGAGCCGAGUCACAUUCUCGACCCCGGUACCUACGAGCGUCGUACAGGCGUCGAGAUGCAUGCCGGCAGAGCGCACUCGCUCCGUGUCGAGGCCCUGUCUACCUUUGCAACACCACCUCCGGGAUUCAGAGUCUGCCCCCAAAGUGUACAAGUGGGCUUUGCUGAGCAAUUACCCGAGCUAGGAGAUGAGAUUGAGCAAGCAGAUGCCGCGAUUGUUUUUGUUGGGAACACGAAGGACUACGAAUCGGAGUCAUUUGAUAGGGAAGACAUCCGCCUCUCUCCAGGCCAGGACCAGCUCAUUUCUCGAGUUGUGGCCAAGAUUGGUGGCGCCAAAACAGUUGUUGUGAACAUGACUGGUUCACCCAUUGAGAUGCCUUGGAUUGAUCAGGUUUCUAGCUGCUUACAGGCGUGGUAUCCCGGACAACAAGCAGGAAACUCGAUCGCUGACAUCCUCACCGGACGUACUAAUCCCUCCGGCCGUCUACCAGUAACAUUCCCCGCACAGUUGAAAGAUACGGCAAGCUUCAGGAAUUUCCCAGAGUCCGACCUGAGCCAUAACGUCCACUACGCCGAGGGCGUGUUCAUGGGAUAUCGCCACUACUUGAAGGAGGGCAGCCCUGAGCCACAAUUCUAUUUCGGUCAUGGACUCAGCUACUCGAAGUUUGAGUACGAUACAGUCUCUGUGAAGCAAGAGAACUCUGGAUCAUUUGUAGUGGCGUCGAAAAUCACGAACAAAGGGCCAUUUGCCGGGAAGGAAACUGUCCAGGUAUACGUCAGCUGCGCCGGGGCCAAAAAAAAGUCACCUGCCCGAGAAUUGAAAGCGUUCACCAAGGUGUCUCUAAGGGUUGGGGAAACACAAGAGAUUUCGAUUCCACUUGAGAAAAAUGCAUUUUCUCAGUGGGAUUCUGAACGACGUUGUUGGGCCGUCACCAAAGGUGUAUACGAAAUCGAGCUGGGUCGGUCUGCCAACGAGAUGAUCACGAAGACUACAAUUUAUAAGUGA